AUGUUUGACGCUUGCAUCUCCGAUUACCUCUUUCUCUUGGCGUCUGUCGCUGUACCAUUAGUGGUGGAGGCCGUUACGGCUGUUAAGGUGGUGGUAGACGACGAGAUUAGGGUUUUCGAUGUCCGUACAAGUCGCCUGGACCUCCAUCGACCGGCAGAGAUAAAAUUUAAGGAUAAGUUGCUUCCUUCAUCAUCCCCAGCCCUCUACAAGCCAGGAAGGCGAUUGUUGUUGAUGCUCCCCAAGGAUUGGGCAACAAGGUUGCUUCUAACUUCAAUGCAUGGAACUGCUAUUCAUGUUCAUGAUUCCGAAAGAAGUGGGUCAUACAGAGCCAAACAAGAAGAAAGGCUUUGUAUUCGGCAGCUCAUGUAUCUGGAAAAAUGA